CCCAGUCGAGGUUUGUCGACUUGGCUACUCAGUAGGCUGUUUGGGUCACAGUUGUGAUGAUGUCCGAUUGAUGUUGCUCUUACUCUAUAUUUGUAUUCGUAAUUAAUUGGGCUUUUCUAGCCAGAAAAUUUUGUAUUUUUAUUAAAAUAAAGCACACAGAUUGUCAAAUUAUAUAGAAAAAUUAACGGUAGUAAGAACCCCAAUCCUUAAGAAGCCAUACGACUGAAACGCAUUGUAAUGGAAGAACAUACGCAAACAUACGACUUCGACUGUAUUUUGAAGAAGUCUACUCUCAAGCGCAUUGCUGGGCAGCCAAGUCCUUUUAGUUAUAUGAUUUCGCCGUAUAAGGAUUACUUCGAACUGAGAGAAGAUCGUAUCCAGAGCGCUGAUUUUCCUCCAACCCCGCUGACCAGAUUCGUGGCGAAUCCUUACGAACUAGCUGCCUCCCUGACCUCCAGAGGUAUUCGCGUAGCGAUCUAUGAAAGUGGACAUAUUUUGGGUUGCGGCUGCUUGAGACCAAACGAUGAUAUCCUGCGCCCGCUGACAGAGCCUACAUUCUCGGCAAACGGCUCAUACACCGUCGAUGUAGAGCAAGAUCAGACACGAGUAGCUCGCAUUGAUCUUGAUAUUAAGUUUAGCUCUGCCGAUCCCAAACUGAACGAACAAGCGCUUCCCUUUGGCUGUUAUGACAUCUGCCGUACGUAUGACAAGUCCAUCAAUCCACGUGACCUCAUCUUCCUGCUGGGCCGUUCCAAAACUAGCGCUGUAGCUACGGCCGUUACAGACACGCGUCUGAUGUCAUUUCCUGAAGAUCCCUUCAGCUGCCUUCACAAAGCGCCUUCGUUGACUGGCUGUGGAUGCGUGGUGCGCGGCACGCAGCCAUUUUUGCCUUCAGAACUGGAUCGGAGCAAGCAGUGCGAGCGUGCCUUGCUCGACAAGCUACUGAUCGAGUUGGAAUACGAUAAGAUGAUCGUGCCCUCACCACCACCUGAACACGAGCUGUCCAGGCAGUUCAAUUCUUCCAGGAAGUUCAACUACCCGAGUUACGUUAAGUGCAGGCCUUGCAAAAGACCGUGAGCAGAGAUCCACUGCCAGUUCGAUGCAACUUCGCGGUGAUCACCGGAUGAUCAGCUGUUGUCCUAUAAAUUUGAUGACCAGCUUUGUCUCCACGGCUGGCUACUUGACAAUGGCAAUGCCAACGCUCUGGCUGUGUCUCUCUUAACAUACAUCGCCAACAUAAAGAAUGCCUGCAAGGAAUAUAAUGAUCGAGU